GUUGUCAAAAACCUUUUCCAGUUCCAGUCCAGCAAGGCAAAAGUGUCGUCGUCGCAAGUUUCCUUCUUUUCGCGUAGCGAUUAUCGUUUUUGAUACGUGUUGUUUGCUUCGAGAAUCGUCCGACCAUUUUCUGUUGUUUCGGUUCUGUUCUCGGCAACUCGGUGGCACACGCAACAAACCCGCCAACGCGAAAUAGCAAGCGUUUUACGCACGACAGAGAAAUAAGACUUUGCCAAAGAAGUAGCACAGAACGGGUUUUCCGGUUGGCACAAAUUGUGUUAUUCAUUGAUUUGCACGUCUGCAUACUUCCACACAAAAACAGCAAUGGCUCUACAGCAGAGAAUCCGCAUGGCCAACGAGAAAGCCAGCCGCAACAUUACCCUCCGCGGUAAUGUUCCCAAGUCGAAUAAAACAGCUGAGGAGAAGUAUCCCGUCGGACCAUGGCUUCUGGCGCUGUUCAUUUUUGUGGUGUGUGGUUCGGCUAUUUUCCAGAUCAUCCAAUCGAUUCGAAUUGCGUAAUCGGCAGCUGGUGGUAAAAAGAGGAUCGGUAUCCUCAAGCAACAAUUCAUCAUGUUACUGAUAAACCUCUUCGAUCCACGAAUUGUUCAAAAACACACAGACACACAUACGCAUACUCUCACACAAUCAAACGGAACAAAAAGAGGAAGAAAAUCAUUCGCCAGCGCUCGAGAUUUUUUUUUUCUCCACUCUUUUUCUUCGGUGGUCAUAUCCUCUUUUGGCGGACUUCCUUUUUCUGUUCGGACCGAGAGGAAGCCACCUGUAAUACUAACUUCGCUGUAAAGAAAUAUAGAACUAACUUUAGUAAGGAACCACGACUAUUCCAUGCUUGAGUUGGAAGCAUUUUUUGUACAAGCAAAGUUGUAAAACAUAAUUGGUCUACACUGUUAUAAAGAUUAUCACUGUACCAAACAUUGACACUAUUUGAUUCUGUGCAAGAUUAAGCUUGUAUACACUUUAAAAUGACCCAAUGUCAAGUUUUAUUAUUCACUCCUUUACAAAUAUCAGAAAACUUUUUUUUAUAUUGUUUUUUCUUUGUAGCAGAAAUACGGUAGCACAAUGAAAUUGUUUUUCUUUCGUGACUAAGCAACUGAAAAAUAUGAAAAAAACACAAUUUGCCUAAAUAGUGGGGGAAAUAACUAUCGAAACAGAAGUAGACAGAAAAAUUCCACGCUACAAACACAAAGUAAAAUACGGAACAUAAUUGGAUCAGUAGCAAAUCAAAGCGUAAAGAUCACGAUUGCAAUAAGAAUGAACAUAAAACUUCACGAGUCGGUCAAAGAAAACCUAUGAUAAAAUAUAUUUAAAUGUGCAAAUCUUUGAAACAUAAGUAAAA